AUUGUUAUUGCAGUGAUAAGUAACAAAGAUAGCAUAUUUUAGUAAUUCUCUGCUUUCUAAAGUUUGUGGAUUUAUGAUGUUUUUGAUUUUGAUGAUGAUUUUGUGGAUGUUCUGAGUAAUGAAUAUAAGCAUGACGUCCUUGGAAAAUCUAGAAACUCAGCUUGAGCUGUUUAUAGAAAACGUUAGACAAAUACAUAUUAUUGUCAGUGAUUUUCAACCUCAGAGUCAAACAGUGUUGAAUCAGAAAUUACAGUCUUUGGUCCAUGGUCUUCAAGAAGUUGAUAAAUUGAAAUCUCAGGUUCAAGAUGUUCAUGUUCCUUUAGAGGUUUUUGAUUAUAUCGAUCAAGGGAGGAAUCCUCAACUAUACACAAAAGACUGCAUUGAAAAAGCAUUGACAAAGAAUGAACAAGUAAAAGGCAAAAUUGAUGCGUAUCGGAAAUUUAAAGCUAAUAUGCUUUUAGAGCUUACACGAAUUUUCCCCAAUGAGUUAACAAAAUACCGAGCUAAAAGGAAUGAAUGACAAGCAGAUAUACUUUUACACUUUAAUUACAUAUUCGUGUUAAGUUUAAUAAGCUCUACAGGUUUUAAUUUUGUGUGAGAGACAUUUAUAAGCUAUGUACCUAAUUCAAAAAUAAAUCCUUUUUUAUUGGA